AUGAACAUCAUUUACAUCAACUACAACAACUUCAACAGUGACAACAAAGACAUCAACAAAAAUGACAUCAACAACGAAAUCAACAACAAUAACAUCAACGACAUCGACAAUGACAUCAACAUUUCUACCUCUAAGUAUUUUAUUUUUAAGCAUAUCUUUUUUAAGUCUGUGCAUGCCUUUAUAUACUUACUGAAUCGUCCGGUCAUCUCUCUGUCUGUGUCUGACGGGGCUUCCCAGGCCCGGCCACAGGGGGUCCGGGUGCUGCUGGGGUCAAAGUUCAGGGUCAAAUGCUCUGUGGAGCCACAGUACCCGGGAGGCUCCUUCCAGCUCCUCUCUCCCACUGCGCCCCUCGGUCAGAACCACACCCUGCCCGCUGUCAAUCACUCCGCACACUUCCUGUUCUCUGACACUGGCUCCGCCCACAAAGGAAACUACACCUGUGUUUACCACCUGCAUGUGUUCAACCACAACUUCUCCUCUCAGAGCCCCAGCCUCCAGCUCUCUCUGGGAGCUCCAGUCUCAGACCUGAUCAUCAGAGUCCUGGUCAUUCUACUGUUGAAGCUCCUCUACAUCCUUCCAAUGUUCUACUACUACUGCAAGGUCCGGGCCAGAGGGGGGCGCUAG